UUUCAUUCACUGCUGACGCCUUUUGGAAUUCUCAGACAUUGCGUAUAUCUUCUCGUCUCCUCGAUCCCGCGCUAAUCAGUGGCAAUUCUAUCGGGUUUUAGGUCUGCAGUACUAUUAUUGUGCCUGUCUGUAACCGCUGCGUUUUAGCCGUCGCUCGUCUUGCAUGAUGAACCCUGGUGGUGGGGGCAACCGUGGAGGUAGAAGUCGUGGAGUUAGAAGUGGCGGAAGGAAUUUUGGCUCUCGAGGGCGAUCUCAACGAUCUGUGGGUCGCUACGUCGUUCGUAACAGCGCUGUUGGAGCUCAUUCUGGUGAUGCUGCAUCAACUUCAAUAGCUGACUCUGCCAAUAGUCAGGGCAGGGACUUGGGAACAGCAUUGGUUGAUGAUGUGACUCAGAAAUUCGACGAUACAUUGAUGUCAGAUCAGCAGCAUUACUCAAAUUCUGAAACCAUUGGAGUUGGAAACAUAUCAUCAAAUCCAGCACCCAAACUAUCUGUUUCAGAACCCGUUAUUGGUCCAGGUUAUUAUAAUGAAGUUCCUGCAAUAUCAGGCGAACCUGUUCUGGGUAUGAAGAUGGCCCAGACAGUGCAAUAUUGUGGCAAGAAGGAAGAUACUUGUAAGGAAGGUGAACUUUCUGAAAGGAUAGGCUCUAGUUUCCAAGCUGGCCAAUUAUCUGAGGAGGUUCAAAGUAGGAAUAGUGAGGAAACUAGGAGUAAGGUUGAGUAUGAGAAUACUCCGUUGCAAAGCAAGGGAUUAUCGUUCGACAUAUGUGAGGUGCGAGAUAAAAUUGGUGUGACGCUCAAGCCCUCUAUGCUUGUAAAGAAUAAAGCUAUGAGAAAUGAAACAAAGCGUCGUAUGCAAGGUGAAAAUAUAAAGGUUUUUCGGCCUGGCAUGAUACUUUUAAAGGGCUUUCUUGCCUUGAAGGAUCAGGUCAAAUUGGUAAAGUCGUGCAGAGACCUUGGGCGGAAACCUGGAGGUUUUUACCAACCUGGUUACCGUGAUGGGGCAACCUUACACUUGAAGAUGAUGUGCCUUGGCAAGCAUUGGGAUCCUGAGACAAGCACAUAUUGUGAUAAACGGUCUGUAGAUGAAGCCAAACCUCCACCUAUUCCUGAUGAAUUUCUGGGGUUGGUUAAAAAAUCAAUUCAGGAUUGCCAUGAUUAUUUAGAUGCCCGCAAUGAAGGAAAGAAUUCUAGAAGUGUUAUUCCAUCUAUGUCUCCAAACGUCUGCAUCAUCAACUUUUACACGAGGACUGGCAGGCUUGGUCUUCAUCAGGACAAGGAUGAAAGUCAAGAAAGUAUACGCAAGGGGCUUCCUGUUGUUUCUUUCUCGCUUGGGGACUCUGCUAAAUUUCUGUUUGGAGAUCACAGGGACAUUGAGAAGGCAGAUGAAGUCGAAUUGGAAUCAGGGGAUGUCUUAGUUUUUGGUGGUGACUCGAGGAAUAUAUUUCAUGGAGUCAGUUCCAUCAUUCCUGGCACUGCUCCUAAGGGUCUGUUGGAGGAAACAAAUCUUAAACCAGGCCGCUUGAAUCUAACUUUCAGAGAGUACUGAAAUUGUAAAUACCAUCACAUAUUAUUGUCCAUAGUCGAAUGCCACUAUGUUUUCCAUUCUUCCUCAUUUUGUCCUGCCGUUUCUAUUGUCAUAUAGAUUUAAAAGAGCUGUGAUUUUUUCUGGUUAUAUUGUGUACUAUGUAGAUAACGACAAUCAAAUUCAACUCCCAUAUGGUAUUGGGAUGUUAUCUUGAUUUGAUGUUGUAUGCCAUAGUGAACUCUUGUUCUUGA